AAUCUUCAUAUAAAAAGGGACCAGCUCAUUGCCCCCUUCCCUUUUCUCUUCCUAAAAAUCUUCCCUUUCUCAGUGUUCAGCUCCUCCAAUGGCUUCCCUCUCUGUUGGGACCUAUUUGCUGCCAUCCCACAAGUUCAACCUACCUCCACUUUGCUCCCAUUCUUCACUUUCUCUGUCUCAAACCCACUUCUCACUUCUGUCUAAAGGUUCUUCUUUGCCUGGUCUAAGGACUCCAAGGCUGCUUGGAAAUGUGCUGCUGGCCCGAGCUGAGGAUAAGGCCAAGGACUCUUCCUCUUCUUCUUCCUUUGACACACCGUUACAGGAGUUGACACCUUCUGGAACAUGUGAUCCCUUAUGUUCGGUUGACGAAACAAGCUCAAGUGAUUUUGAAGCAAAUUACCAGCCAAAGACUGAUUUGCUGAAAGCCAUUGCAGUAGUUGCAGCAGCUGGAACAGGGGUGUUGGCAAUUAACCAUUCUUGGGUUGCGGCUAAUCAGGAUGUAGCAAUGGCAUUGUUGUUUGGAAUAGGUUAUGCUGGUAUCAUAUUUGAAGAAUCUCUAGCUUUCAAUAAAAGUGGAGUAGCAUUACUAAUGGCUGUGAGCCUGUGGGUGAUUCGAAGUAUUGGGGCUCCUUCAACUGAAGUAGCUGUUACAGAGCUAACACAUGCCUCUGCUGAAGUCAGUGAAAUAGUUUUUUUUAUACUUGGUGCAAUGACAAUUGUAGAGAUCGUUGAUGCUCAUCAAGGGUUCAAACUAGUUACAGAUAAUAUCACCACUCGUAAACCAAGAACUCUCCUCUGGGUGAUUGGCUUUGUGACCUUUUUCCUUAGUUCCGUCCUUGAUAAUUUGACAUCUACUAUUGUCAUGGUUUCUUUACUGCGGAAGCUAGUGCCUCCAUCUGAAUACCGGAAGUUUUUAGGAGCUGUUGUUGUUAUAGCUGCAAAUGCUGGUGGUGCAUGGACUCCAAUUGGUGAUGUCACCACUACCAUGUUGUGGAUACAUGGUCAGAUAUCCACAGUAGAGACAAUGAAGAGCUUGGUUAUACCUUCAGCUAUUUCUCUCGCUGUACCGCUGGCUCUUAUGUCUCUGACCAGUGAAGUAAGUGGGAGUGGCCAGGACACUCCCAAUGUUUUGGCAUCUGAACAGAUGGCUCCUCGAGGACAGCUUGUUUUCUCUGUAGGGAUUGGAGCUUUAAUUUUUGUUCCAGUAUUCAAGGCUCUAACGGGGUUGCCUCCAUACUUGGGUAUGCUGUUUGGACUGGGAGUUCUUUGGAUUCUAACUGAUGCUAUCCAUUAUGGCGAGUCUGAAAGGCAAAGGUUAAAAGUACCCCAGGCUUUGUCAAGGAUUGACACUCAAGGAGUGCUUUUCUUCCUUGGAAUUCUUCUGUCAGUUAGCAGCCUGGAAGCAGCUGGGGUUCUACGCGAAUUAGCAAAUUACCUAGAUUCUCACAUUGCAAACGCCGAACUGAUCGCCAGCGCAAUAGGAGUUGUAUCUGCAAUUAUAGACAAUGUUCCUUUGGUUGCUGCAACCAUGGGGAUGUAUGAUGUAACUUCCUUCCCUCAAGAUUCUGAAUUUUGGCAGUUGAUUGCAUUUUGUGCUGGUACUGGUGGAUCAAUGCUUAUUAUUGGGUCAGCAGCCGGAGUUGCUUUUAUGGGGAUGGAAAGAGUGGACUUCUUCUGGUACUUUCGGAAGGUGAGUGGUUUUGCUUUUGCAGGUUAUGCUGCUGGCAUUGCUGCCUAUUUAGCAGUUCAUAAUUUCCACUUAUCUCUACCAACUACUAUAGCAGAGGUUCCUUUCCUUUAUGGGUUCACACACUAAGAACCAAGCUCUGGAUGCCUCGCUAGCUUCGGACAAGGCGGUAUAUACUUCACCAAAAGAGUCAAACAAUUCUAGGCUUCUUUAAAGUUUCUUCAAAAAAAGUAAUAGAAUUAGUAAAUUGAAGUUUAUUUUGUAACUUAUGAUGGAAUAUUGCCCUAGUAGUCCAAUAGCCAACCAUGUUACUGAGCAUUCAUUAAAAUAAAGGUCAAGGGUUACUCUUUACACCGUUACACGUUUUCAUAUGCUUCAUAAAAUUGUAAGAAAGUAAGAACUGAGGUGGUGUUUGGUUUAGUAAAAUGUAAUUGUAUGGUUAUACGAAUAGUAAAGAAAUGUAAUGGUAGUAGUAAUAAGAAUACUAUUACGAUGUUUAAUUUA